CCCUUCUUACAUUACUCCCUCUCCACUACACUCAUGACUCACCGCUUCCUCCGUCACUCUUUAUAAACCCUCUCUCACACGUUCUUCAUUCACAAUACUCUCUUCUUCGUUUUCCUUUCUUCUCAUCGUUUCUCACUAUAAACUUCUCUAUCUCAUAUGGCUGAGGAGGCUUCAAACCAAGCGCCAUCUUCUCAAGAGUCUGUGGUGCAAGUGGAGGAAGUGGUCGUAACUGAUGUUCUUCAGCCUGUAGACAAAACACCACCACCGCCAACUACAACGACCAGUGUUUCUGUUGAGAGAGAUUCACCGCCACAACCUGAGCCUGAGGCGCCGGAGAAGAAGCCUGUUGAGGAAACCGUCACUCUCGAGACUCACCUCUCCAAACCCAGCAACGCUGAUGACAGCACCAAUGAUGAGAAAGACCCUGAAUUCAACGAAGAAAGCACCAAACUUUCCGACCUGUCGGAAAACCAAAACAAGGCACUCCAGGACCUCAAGAACCUCGUUCAAGAAGCUCUAAAAAAUCAUGAGUUUUUCUCCAAAGAAGAAAAGAAGACACCACCGCCAACGGCUUCUGCUGCUGACAAGGAAGAACAACAACAGCCGCAGCAACAAGAAGUUGUGACUGAAGCUGCCCCAGAAAAAAUCGAGGAGGAACCUGUUGAAACAAAGAAAGAGGACGAAGUUGAAACAAAGAAAGAGGAACAAGUAGAAAAAGAAGAAGAGAAGAAGGAGGAAGCGAAGGAAACGAAGGAUGAUGCUACUGUGGAUGAUGAUGGAGCAAAAACUGUGGAGGCCAUUGAAGAGACCGUUGUUGCUGUCUCUUCAUCUGUUCAGUCUCAAGCUGAAGAGAAAGCUUCUGAAACAGAAGCCAAAGAGGAAGCUUCGCCGCCACUUCCACCCGAAGAAGUUUCCAUUUGGGGAGUGCCACUUCUUGCUGACGAGAGGAGCGAUGUGAUUCUUUUGAAGUUUCUGCGCGCGAGAGAGUUUAAAGUUAAGGAGGCGUUCACCAUGCUGAAGAACUCGAUCCGGUGGAGGAAGGAGUUUGGGAUGGAGGAGCUGAUUGAGGAGAAGCUGGGGGAUGAGUUGGAGAAGGUGGUGUUCAUGCAUGGCUCUGACAAGGAGGGACACCCCGUGUGUUACAACAUAUACGGGGAGUUCCAGAACAAGGAUUUGUACAGGAACACUUUUUCCGAUGAGGAGAAGAGAGAGAAGUUCCUCAGAUGGAGAAUUCAGUUCCUGGAAAAGAGUAUAAGGAAGUUGGAUUUCAACCCUGGUGGCAUUUGCACCAUUGUUCAGGUCAAUGAUCUCAAGAACUCUCCUGGACCUGCCAAGUGGGAACUCAGACAAGCCACAAAAAGUGCCCUACAAUUGCUUCAAGACAAUUACCCUGAAUUUGUAGCCAAACAGGUUUUCAUUAAUGUACCAUGGUGGUACCUGGCAGUGAAUAGGAUGAUAAGCCCUUUUCUUACUGUAAGGAGCAAGAGUAAGUUUGUCUUUGCUGGGCCUUCUAAAUCAACGGAAACCCUUUUGAGAUACAUAGCCCCGGAGCAGCUUCCGGUGAAGUACGGUGGAUUGAGCAAAGAUGGGGAGUUCGCAAAUACCGAUGCUGUCACAGAAAUCACAGUGAGGCCGGCAGCAAAGCAUACCGUGGAAUUUUCAGUCACCGAGAACUGUUUACUCUCUUGGGAGCUGAGAGUAAUAGGGUGGGAAGUGAGCUAUGGUGCAGAAUUUGUACCAGAUUCAGAAGGAAGCUAUACAAUAAUUGUCCAGAAGACUAGAAAGGUUGGUUCAUCAGAAGAACCAGUGCUUUGCAAUAGUUUUAAGGUUGGUGAACCUGGAAAAGUUGUUCUCACAAUUGACAACACAAGCUCCAAGAAGAAGAAGCUCUUGUACCGUUUGAAGACCAAACCUUCACCCUCAGACUAAAGUUAUCAUUAUUAUGUUUAUGUUUAGGUGGGAAAGGGAAGAACAGUACCUGCAUUGGUUGCUUACAUUCCUGCAUCAACUUUUACCAAGACACCAGAGCUUCAAAGAUUAAUCAUGACUUUCCUGCUGUUCAUAUAUGAAUAUAAAGUUUUUGUUUUGCUUUUUU